CUCUUUUUUCUCACACUCAUCUCUCUCUCUCUCUCUCUCUCUCUCUCUCUCUCUCUCUCUCUCUGACACACACAUACACGCACACACUCAUUUCCCACGCGCGUCGCUCGCUCCCGUUACUCGGGUAGAAUAUUUUGUCGCGCGGUUUUGAUCUUUCUUUAAAUUUAAAAAAAAAAAAAAAAAAAAAGAAGAAGAAAAAUAGAGAGAGAGAGAGAGAGAGAGAAGAGGACGUUUCCAAUUCCAUUUCACGCGCGAUUUUACAGAGCAGGUCACUGGAAUUUACCAAAAGAGUGUGAGCCCUGGCCUUUGAGAAAUGGCUCAAUAGUAGCACCAGGGAUGCCGGACCAUGACAGUGAGUCCCUCCUAAACCGACAGACCAAAAGAAGACGAGUGGACAUCGGCGUGAAGAGAACCGUGGGCUCGACCUCCACGCUGACAUCAGCAACUUCUACUGACUUCAUUGCCAGCCGCACAUCAAAAUCCGCAAUCAUCUUCGGGGCCAUGAACACCCAUCAUAGCGGAGAGCAGGACCUGCUGGAGUGUCAAGGGGUGCAGCUUGGACACGGGGACUCAAAUGAGACCAAGUCCAAUGUGCUCCGGAAGCUUCUCAAGAGGUCCAACUCGUACGAGGACGCGAUGAUGCCUUUUCCCGGCGCUACCAUCAUCUCACAGCUGUUAAAGAGCAACAUGGCAAAAAACGGAGGAGGGGGAGGAAUAGAGUCGGGGUUCCCUAGUAGUGCUCUCUCCAGCACAGGAUCCGAGGUGCCCCAAGAGGACGCGUGCAGUAACUCAUCCCAGGAAAGCCCUCAGGAGUGUCUCUCGCCGUUCAGCCGCCCAACUCUGGGUCACUUUGACGUUGAACGACUUAAUGACGAACACCUCAGAGCUAAGCGAGCUCGUGUGGAGAACAUCAUCCGCGGAAUGAGUCACUCACCCAAUGUAAUGAUGCCAUCAAACUCCAGCUCAAGGGAACGGGAGCGGGACGGUGAAGGAGAACCUGAAGGUCCCCAGCAGCCACCCAGUCCACGAGAGGGCUAUCGCGAGAACAAGCGCAAGCAGAAGCUUCCUCAACAGCAGCACAGCUUCCAGCAGUUGGUGUCAGUGCGCAAGGAGCAAAAGGUGGAGGAACGCAGGCAGCUCAAGCUGCAGCUUGAGGACAUGCAGAAACAGCUGCGCCAGCUGCAAGAGAAGUUUUUUCAGAUUUAUGACAGCACUGACUCUGAAGGGAACGAUCCAGACCAUGACGGAGGGAACCUCUCCGAAGACAGUGCACGCUCCGAUGCCGGGCUCAUGGACGGAGAUGUCGAUGAGCGCCCCAUGCACGAUUCCACUGCUGAUCGAUCCGAUAACGAGAUGUCAGACUUGGAUCCGGGACACUUUCUGGACAGAGCAAGGGCCCUGCUAAGAGAACAGGCCCUUCUGGAUGGAGACAAGCCAAAAAGGGAGGGCUCGCAGAGGGGCAAAGGUCCAACCUCUAUGCAUGCAGAAGGCAAACAACUGGCAGAGACACUGAAGCAGGAACUGAACUCUGCCAUGUCUCAGGUGGUAGACACCGUAGUGAAGGUCUUUGCGAAACCUCCGCGGCCUCUCCCGCAGGUAUUCCCGCCGCUUCCUGCGCCUCAGGAUCGUUUUACCGUUAACGGGGACAACCCCAAUUUCCACACAACCAAUCAGCGUUUGCAGUGCUUCGGAGAUGUCAUAAUCCCCAGCCCACAUGAGUCAUUUGGUGGAGUCCCGCUCCCCAGUGCCAAUGAUCAGACAGAGGCGCUGCCUUUAGUGGUGCGGAAGUCUGCAGCUGAACAUCAUCACCAGUCCUCAGCAGUGGGUGCUCAUGGAGGCCACCACCAUCCCUCCCUCCAUCCCUCUUCCCUGUCAGCCAACAUGGGCUUCAGCCCACCAUCUUUCCGCCACCCAUUCCCCCUCCCUCUAAUGGGGUACCCUUUUCAGGGCCCACUUGGUGCCCCGUCGAUAGGGUACCCAGGCAAAGACAGAGGCUCACCUGAUUCCAUGGACCUCUCACGGGAGACCACCAGCUUACGGACCAAGAUGGCGUCCAACCACCAUAUGGGGCACACCCGGUCCUGCUCGCCAACCCACCCAGGGAGCACAGCUGAGAGUCUGUCUCUGUCGCUCAUUAAGUCAGAGUGUGGAGACCUCCAGGACAUGUCUGACAUCUCGCCAUACCCAGGGAGUGCAAUUCAGGAAGGGCUUUCCCCCAACCACCUGAAGAAGGCCAAGCUCAUGUUCUUCUACACCAGGUACCCCAGCUCCAACAUGCUCAAGAUGUUCUUCUCCGACGUUAAGUUUAACCGGUGUAUCACGUCUCAGCUGAUCAAGUGGUUCAGUAAUUUUCGGGAGUUCUACUACAUCCAGAUGGAGAAGUUCGCCAGGCAGGCCAUAAACGACGGCGUGACGGGGGCUGAAGAGAUCGCCGUCAGCCGAGACUCUGAGCUCUUCAGAGCUCUCAACAUGCACUACAACAAGGCCAAUGACUUUGAGGUUCCCGAACGCUUCCUGGAGGUGGCGCAGAUAACGCUGCGUGAGUUCUUUAACGCCAUCGUGGCCGGGAAAGACGUGGACCCAUCCUGGAAGAAGGCCAUCUAUAAAGUCAUCUGCAAGCUGGACUCAGAGGUUCCAGAGAUCUUCAAAUCUCCCAACUGUCUCCAAGAGCUCCUACAUGAGUAACAUUUCCCCCAAACCCCCUUCACUAUACCUGAUGAUUUGAGUUUCAUUUUUUUUUCUUUUCUGUUCUUGUUUUUUUUUGAAUGUAUGGCAUAUGAAGUAGCAUUCCUGAGCUUUUUUUUUUUCUUCCUUCUUUCCCUUGGGGUGAUCUAGUUAAAUUCUUAGAUUUCUUGUCGUUUAUUUUACAUAUUCUUUUCUUUCUUUUUUUUUCGUGUUUCAUAUUUGGAGGGACUUUGAUCCCACUAGGGCCCUUUGACUUUUUGCCUGCCCGCUCUGGAAUUAUGGGUAAUCCUCAUGAAAUCCUGAUACUGAAGCCAAACAACUCAGUGAACUGGUAUGACUGACGACUGGGGCUUGUUCAAACUGAAGUUUUGAAGUGUGUAUUUCUCUGGAGAAGUGGGCAUUGCAUUUAUAGGGUGUAUAGAAUUAUUAUUAUUAUUAUUAUUAUUAUUAUUAUUAUUAUUAUUAUUAUUAUUUCUAUUAUUAUUGUUAUUUUAUUACUGUUGGUGUUCUUGUUGUCGUUGUUGUUGUUCCUGCUUGGGUAAGACUGGCACUUGGAGGUUUUACUUUCUUCUUUUUUUUUUUUUUAGAGGUUUUAAAGAGAUUGCAAGAAAAUAAAUUAUUAUUCCAAAAUGUAAAUCUCUAACUAUAUGCAAAACUAUAUUACAGACUUUACAUUAGAAUAGCUUUUCAUGAAGUCCUCGCCCUGGAGUUUGGUUUAUAUGGGUCCAAGAUUUGACAUUUUCGGCUGGCUUUGAUUGACAGCCCAAUGCACCAAUCACAACAUUUGAAAGGGCAUCAUAACCCCGCCCAUUUUUUAUUUUUUAAUUUGCUACACAGCCUGUAAUUAUUAUUUUUUUUUUCCCCCUCGUCAGUUCUGUGGUUUACACAGAAAACACCUUUUUAAUGUAUACUGCAAUGGUCCAGUCCCUCUGAAGCACGUAGUGUCACCAGCAUAAACACACACACACACAUACACACACACACACACACACACGGUCCUGCUGUGUGUGUGUGGCACUUUCUAAGUUAAAGAGGCGUCUCUUUGCGUGGUGAACGAGCGGGAGGUCGUCAUCUCAAGGCCAAGUUUCUGGACGACUACACCACGGAUGUAACGUCACAUCGAAAUUUAAAUUCGGUCACUGUGCACAUCUCAAGAACACACAUUUAAAUGCCCUUCAACUGCUCAUUCCAGAGGAAUCGUUUGAAACCUUCGAGGACGUAUGAGUGUGCGUGUGUGUGUGUGUGUGUGUAUGCACUCUUUUUUUUUUUUUUUUCUCUGCGCGAGUGAUUUUUUUUUUGUUAUUUUUUUUUUGCUGUGUGGUAAUUAGCUCAGUAUUUUGAUGGUGUUUCUUGAAUACUGAAUUGCUAUGAAAAUAAAAGGCAACCAUGUUUGAAGAGGACACAUUACGACAUUAAUUCAAUCCUUGCAUAUGAUUUUUAUUUUUAUUUUUAUUUUUUUUUUUUUUCCUUGGAUGUUACGAUUUGAAAGUUUGUACUGUAUGGAUAUGAAUUGAAAAAAAAAAAAAAUGCACUUACCUGUUGUUCAGUGAAAGCAAUGACAUUGGAUUUUAUUUAAUAAAGAUUGAAAAUAUACUUGAAACGAA